AAAAAUCAUCAAGUUCCAUUUGGAUAUUUUGAACAGCAUAGGUGAUUCUUUUGUAGCUUUAGCUUGAGAAAGAAUGUAAUGAAGAAUUUGCACCUCAUUUUCACUUCAGUUGAUAUUGCUAGUUGUCAGAGCAAAUAAUGCACUUCAAAGUGUUGUUGUACCAAAUGGAUAAAUGGUUGUACCCCUCAAGUCUGAACAUUAAUGGUUCCACCUACAUUUUGGAAUAUGCAGUGACUAGUGAGGCACAAGGAGCAGCUCCAAUGGCGUCGGUAGUGAUGUUCAUAUUGAUACCGACAGGCUUAAGUGUUGUGAGUUGUCUCUUCAUUCUAUUCUACAUUUCCUUCACUUCCAAUUUCUUUAUCCAUUCCCACCAAACCCAUCUCACAUUCAACAUUUCAUUUGUUGGAAAUCCAAUGAUUCACACACAUACGCAUGUCCAAUUCAAUGGAAACCAUGUGAAUGACAAUGACGUAUUCCAUGACAGAGAUGCCUUUGUGGACAACUACAAAGAAAUGAAUAGGAGCUUGAAGAUAUAUGUUUAUCCUCACCAAAAGGAUGAUCCCUUUUCCAAUGUACUCUUGGCUGUUGAUUUUGAGCCAGGUGGAAACUAUGCCAGUGAAAGUUACUUCAAGAAAGUUCUCAAGAUGAGCCAUUUUAUUACAAGGGAUCCUUCCAAUGCCGAUCUCUUCUUUCUACCUUUCUCAAUUGCACGAUUGCGACAUGAUCCACGAGUGGGGAUCAAUGGUAUUAAAGACUUCAUAAAAAGCUACAUCUUCAAUAUUAGUCAUGAGUACCCUUACUGGAACCUGACCAAUGGGGCUGACCAUUUCUAUGUUGCCUGUCAUUCUAUUGGUCGUUUUGCCAUGGAGAAAGUAGUUGAUGUUAAGAUCAACGUGAUCCAAGUUGUGUGUACUUCAAGUUAUUUCGUAUCAGCAUACAUUCCACAUAAAGAUGCAUCAUUGCCACAGAUUUGGCCAAGGCUAGGUGGUAACCCAGAUUUUGCACCUUAUAAAAGGAAAAAGCUGGGAUUUUUUGCUGGAUCACUAAAUUCUCCUGUACGUGAAAAGCUUCUAGAGUGGUGGGGAAAUGAUUCCGACAUCUUUGUGCACUCUGGUCGCCUUGAAAGAUCUUAUACUGAAGAACUUCUUGGUAGCAAAUUCUGCCUUCAUGUGAAAGGCUUUGAAGUCAACACUGCUCGCAUUGUUGAUGCGUUGUUUUAUGGAUGUGUACCUGUGAUCAUUGCCAACCAUUAUGAUCUUCCAUUUGCCGACAUAUUAGAUUGGAAACAUUUUUCAGUCAUUGUUGCCACGCUAGAUAUCCCUUUAUUGAAGAAAAUCCUUCAAGGCAUAACUCAACAGGAGUAUUUAGUAUUGCAAAGCAAUGUUCUUAAGGUAAGAGAACACUUCCAGUGGCAUGUUUCCCCAAUUGAUUUUGAUGCCUUUUAUAUGGUUAUGUAUGAGUUGUGGCUAAGGAGAAGUUCUUUAAGGCUUCAAUGAACGUAUUACCAGAUAAUGUCUUCAUUCUGUAUAUUAAUCCCAUUUUUCAUAGGGGGUUCCAAUGAACCUUUCUUUAAGUUUCCUUUCCGAGGAAGCUAUUGUAUUUAGUUAUUACAGUGAUUUUUACCAUGAUGUUAUAAAUAUAGUUAAUGUAUAUCUAUUAAUUUUUUUUAGGAAUCCUAACUUUGGGACCAAGUCAAUUUUUCCCU